AUGUAUAAUAGUCUGAUAAGGGGUUAUUCUAACAGUGAUGACCCAUCAAAGGCUGUUUUUCUUUACCACAGAAUGAUUGGUUCUGGUAUUUCUCCGAAUGAAUUCACUAUCCCUUUUGUUCUCAAGGCAUGUGCGUGCAAUUUGGCGUAUUUGGAUUGUGUUGUUGUUCAUGGUCAAGCUAUUAAAUUGGGAAUUGGGUUCCAAGUUUGUGUACAAAAUGCGCUUAUUCAUGUGUAUGUUGUUUGUGGGUUGAUCUGCUGUGCACGUCAAGUGUUUGAUGAAAUUAGUGAGAGGACUUUGGUUUCGUGGAACUCGAUGAUUGGGGGGUAUUCGAAGAUGGGUUGUUCCAAGGAAGCGUUUUUACUCUUUCGUGAAAUGUUAGAACUUGAGAUGGAGCCUGAUGAGUUUACCUUUGUUAGCCUCCUUUCUGUCGGUUCGCAGACUUUUGAUUUACAUUUGGGAAGAUAUGUACAUUUUUAUAUAGAGAUUACUGGGGCCGAAACUGAUAUAUAUGUGCAGAAUGCUCUUGUUGAUAUGUAUGCUAAGUGUGGGGAUUUGCAUACGGCUCAAGCAUUUUUUAACCAAAUGCCUGAUAAAAACGUGGUUUCAUGGACUUCUGUGGUCAGUGCAUAUGCUAAACAUGGGCUCAUUGAUUGUGCUCGGGAAGUUUUUGAUCAAAUGCCAUUGAAAAAUGUUGUUUCUUGGAAUUCCAUGAUUUCAUCUUAUGUUCAAGAAGGUCGCUGCAGGGAAGCUUUGGAUCUCUUUUGCGAAAUGCAUUAUUCGAAAGUGGUUCCUGAUGAGACUACACUAACUAUCAUUCUUUCAGCCAUUUUCUCUGGACCAAUUUUCUCUGGAGAUUCAGAGGCUGCCUGUAGAUUAGAAAAGAAAUACAUGUUCUUGAAUUGUUAUACUAAUUUACUAUUCUAA